UGAAAUUCCAUAUCAGAAAUUGCAGCCAUGAUUUGUCGUAGACUCACUUCAAAUCUCCUAAAAACCUGUUUUCCUUCUGCGUCUCCCACUUGCUUCAUCUCCCACCGCCACCACCAGCAGCAGCAGCAGCAAUGGCUCCAACAACUCACUGGUCAUCCCUUUCCUAAUCCCGCCUUUGCACCCUAUAGACCCUUAAACCCUGAAUUAGGUGUCUCAAACUUCUCUUCAGCCUCAUCUAAUCGAACCCCAGAUUCUGAGUUUCUUUCCCUUUCAACCCCUCACAACAUAAUUCCCAAUCCCAAUUUCAUUAGGUCAGGGGAAUUCCCUAUUCUUCAUCAGAUCCAUGCAUUUCUUGGUGGUUCUAUCAGACUGCAUUCAACUGAAUCGAAUGUUCAAAACCCUAGAUAUUUUUCAACUUCUGAUGCCAAAAAUUCUGAGUCCGAGAAGCCACAGGGCCCUGGGGUGCAUAGUCAAAACCCUGAUUUCAAGCAUCAAGAAAUCGAAGGACCAACUGUGGAUCGUGAUUUAUCAGCAUUGGCUAAUGAGACCAGAGAGGUUCUCGAAGGGAUGAUGAAGAAGAUGUAUGGACUCAGCAAUGCAGUGGCACUCCUGGGUCUGGUGCAGCUAGGCCUUGGAGCUUGGAUAUCUUACAUGACUCGAUCGGACCCAAUAAUGGAGGUCUCAAUCCAAAGCAUUUUGGCAUUUGGGUUCCCUUUCUCAGUGGCCUUCAUGCUGCGGCAAUCAUUGAAGCCCAUGUACUUCUUCAAGAAGAUGGAGGAGCUAGGAAGGUUGCAGAUUCUGACUCUCACUCUUCAGGUUGCUAAGAAUUUGAACCUUUUGUUUGGUCGGGUUCGUGGCCUCUCUAUCUUGUGUGUUGCAGGGGUCUUCAUUGGAUCGUUAUUCACUGUCAUCACCAAGUUUUGAUUUUGUGUUUCAUUUAUGGUCCAUUUUCUGUUUAAUAUUUUUGGCAUAUAAAUGUUGAACAUCUAUAGCUUGAUGUAUGAAUUGUGGAUUUCAUUUUGGAAAUCCAAAAUUUUCGAUCUACAUAGAACUUGUAGAUCUAUGAUUCAAGAUCAUCUGGAUUUUGGGAAUCGAAAAUUGUUAUCUUCU